AGCUCCGAAGACAGUUGGAACUACUUCGGAAAACUGUGCUGUACGACAUAUUUUGCUUUACAUUACCUGUGAGACAUCCCAAAAUCUCCAUUCGAGUCCAGCUGUCGAGCUUCAAGAAUAAUGCACAUUCUUCCUUUGUCAUUCGCGUUGUUGACGUACACCGGCUAUUGGCGACCUAUCGACUGGCCUUCGACUUCUAUCAAGUAUCAUGCAUACAACGUCUACUCCGUCGUCAUGAUCUUUCUGCUUCAUUCGUUUGCGUUCUGUGGUCUGGUCGAUUGUUUCAUGCUCGAGGACCUCGAGACUUUCAUUGAGAAGUUCUCGUUGUUUCUGUCGGUACUCGGCGUUUGCUGCAAGGUGAUGAACUUGGUGAUUCGUCGGAACGGAAUCGUCGGUCUGACCGAGAUGUUGCUGAAUGAUGUCUGCUUGCCCAGAGACAAUCAUGAGGCAGACAUCCAACGACGGUUCAAUCGUAUCGCGAAAACGAUCACCAUCUACUGCGAGAUACUGAAUGAGUCGGCAGUCUUCUUCGCCACGGUCGCUCAGUUGCGGCAUUUCGCAAAGACUCGUACCUUACCGCUGUCCGACUGGGUGCCCUAUGAUACCACAUCCACGGCUGUCUACUGGGCCACCGUGCUGCACCAGACCAUCGGUUUGAUGGUCUGCGCGAAUGCCAGCGUUGCACAUGAGACCCUCAUCUCCGGUUUCAUGAUACAGACUUGUGCUCAACUGGAUAUACUCUGCCAUCGCGCUCGUAUGUUGCCGGUCUUGUUGAGAAGAGAGGCCCAGAAACGACAUGGCAGCGUCUCGAAAGAGGAGCUGAAGGAGCACGAACGGCGAAUAGUUCGCGAGUUCGUCCAUCAUCAUCGCUACGUAUACAGACUUGCGGAGCGCAUCAACGCGGUGUUCGCAUUGAUGAUUUUCGUGCAGUUUACCGUGAGUUCGACGGUGCUCUGUUUGAGUAUCUACAAGAUGUCGAAGAAGAGCCUGUUGAGCUUCGAGUUCGCAUGGAGCUUAUCUUAUCUGGGUUGCAUGCUCAUGCAGAUCUACUUGUACUGCUGGUUCGGCAACGAAGUGACGCUUAAGAGCGCUGAAGUCGGUACUGCUAUUUACGAAAUGGACUGGACGAUGUUUUCCACCGACUUGAUGAAAACUCUUUUACUGAUUGCUACACGAUCCAAGAAGUCCAUUAGAAUAACCAGCGGUCACAUGAUCGCCUUAUCCAACGAUUCGUUCAUGAAGAUCAUCAAGGUAUCUUAUUCGGCAUACAACGUUCUUAAAGAUUCUUAAUAUAAGUGGCGUGUUCUUUUCGACCUUGCGUCACAAGAAAAACUCCAAAGAAUUAUUUUCAUAAUCG